AUGGAAUGGGAAGUAGGGCUUCCUAAUCUAGAAGAUUUAAUACCUUUAUCUCACUGUUUAAUUUCUCCUGAGUUGUCGUCAGCCUUCAACAUAGUUCCAGAUCCAUCUAUGACCAUCUUCGAUGUUCAUCAAGCAUCACAACAUACUUUGGCGAGGAUUCAAUCACAGCAACAACAAUUAUCCUCAUACAAUAAUUUUGAUCUUAAUCUUCUACCACCGGAGGAUGGAAAGACGGUGAAUGGUUUAGCUAUGGAAGGACACAACAAGAAUUUGGUAAGGAACAAUGUUUGCGAAGAAGGAGCAGACUUAUCAUUGCAUAUGAAUAAUAUAAUCAAUGAUUCUAAGAAGGCUCCAAAGCGACUGCGCAUAGUGUGGACGCCACAACUUCAUAAGAGAUUUAUCGACGUUGUGGCUCAUAUAGGAAUAGAGAACGCAGUCCCAAAUAGUAUUAUUCAAAUGAUGAACGUUGAAGGUUUAACUCGCGAUAACGUCGCGAGUCAUCUUCAAAAGUAUCGAUUGUAUUUGAACAGGAAACAUGAAGUAUCUACCGAGCCAACUCAGCUAGCUAGCACGAGCGCAAAUAUAAUCAGGAGCAAAAAUGGACGUAUACAAGAAUAA